UCUGGAAGUUGGAGGGUGCUCGUGUGGUGUUGAAUCCAUUUGGCUUGACACGACCAUGCAUGAGCUAUAAAGAUACGAUUUUCCCUUCACUGCAACAUUUGACAUGUUCAGACUCCUCUCCUCGUUGAACAGCAACAAAGACUGUACUAGGCUGACAAGAUGCCUUCCUCAUCUGGAAUCAUGACAUUGUUUAUUGUUUUAAGCAGAUUGCAUGUUCACGCUCAUCAGCCAUAUUACUCUCAUUGCCGACCUGGCUUUCGGCAGUGGUCACGGUGGUAUCACCCAUCGUGACAGUUGCUCUGACUUUAGCGAACAUGAUCAGAGCCAAGGCUUUGGAUAAAGGCACAGUUAACCGGAGCAAUAAACCACUGACAAAUACCAUAUUCUUCUUUCUUUUCAAGUGCCAAUCUGUUCUGGAAAUCGUGGUCGUCGCAGUUGUUCCAUCCCGUGUUAUGCCGAACAGUACCCUUCGUUGCCACAUCGAGGAACAAUGGCAGUCGUAUUUCCAGGCCAAAUAUUCUUGUGCUUUCCGGACAAUCCAGACUAAGUUGCAAUGUCGUGGUAUCCGCAGUCUCCAUGACCGAGUAUGGCCGUUCAAGGACCGGGAACAUGGGGACAAUACAUGCGAGGUGCAACUUGGCUACCAGCGUAGCUACUAUUCGCCAUGGAAGGAGCAGCAGCGACUGGUUUCGUCAUGAUUAUCAUUGCAACUCUCUUAUCUUGGGUCUGCAGAAUUCCGUUCAUCCAAUUCAUUCGGAGAAGACAAAGUUGGAUGCACGGGGUUAUGUGACAUUCGUUGCACCCGCAGUGCAACAAAGAAUAUCGCAUCGUGGAUCCUCUUGAUAUGACGUGGAGAACCAGGAAGAUUCUGGUGCUACAGGAAGGAUCAUAUUGUCCCAGGCUACUCCCCCUACCAACGAAUGGGUACGACUGUGAUUUACAGUUUCAAUUGAGCCCCUUCGUGUUAUACAAACCGUUUAUCGCACUGCAGUGUCAUCAAAGAUAAUAUAUAACAACACCGAGAACGACAAAUGCCAGUGAGCAAAACAUCUUGCGAACGUGUUGGGUGAUUUAGCACUUAUUACAAGGCCGCAAUAAGGAGAAUGAACGGACUAUGUCUCGCUUUCCGGAUGCAGGCCAGCAUUAUAUAUUUUGUAACAUGGAGGGGUUGGUGUCCUCUGGCUGUUGGUUAGCUAUGCU